AUGGCACCGCUGGACUGGACCUUGCUUAUUGUAGGUAUCAUUGCAGCACUGGCGUCAGGCGUGCCGCUGCCUUUGAUCGGUGUUUUGUUUGGCGAUAUGGUCAAUGGAUUCAAUUCCAUUGCCUGCUCCAACAGCGCCAAUGCAGUGCCGCGCACGCCGCAAGAAACGGACCAGUUUCUCGACGAUAUCGCAGACCACGUCGUGAAAAUCAUCGUGAUUGCUACGAUCAAUUUUGCACUUAUCUACAUCUACACAUGCUGUUGGUCCUCGUUGGGCGAGCGCGUCGUGCGCCGAAUGCGAGAGCUUUACGUGCGUGCACUUCUCCGGCAGGACAUGACGUUUUUCGAUCGCCUCGCACCGGGCGAGAUUAGCACGCAUCUCUCCGAGAACCUCAUCACGAUCCAAAAUGGGACCAGCGAAAAGGUCGGCAUUCUCCUCUCGUCCGUGGCGUACUUUAUCACCUCGUACGUGAUUGCAUUUUGGAAGCUGCCCGUCCUUGCAGGCGAGCUUGUCUCCCUCAUUCCCGCCUUCUUACUCAUUUCCACCGUCGGCGCGCACUUUGUCUCGCGCUUCACCGCGCGCAUGUCGGACCAUCUCGGCGAUGCCACCGGCAUCGCAUCUGAAGUACUCUCGAACCUGCGUGUGGUGCAAGCUUUUGAGAUCCAAGGACCACUUGGCAAGCUGUACACCGCACACUUGUUUUUCGUCCGCCGCAACGGCAUGUACCGCUCGUUUUGUACCGCGGCCAUGCUGGGACUGCUCUUUUUUGUCGCAUACUCAUCCAACGCACUCGCCUUCUUCAGCGGCUCUCGCCAGGUGACGGAUGCAAUGCACGCAGGCUCGUCUGAUAGCCAAGAUACCGUGGGAAAAGUGUACACUGUGAUUUUCCUGCUCCUCGACGCCUCCUUUAUUGUAGGUCAAAUUGCACCCUACCUCCAAGCCUUCUCCUCUGCCGGCGGCGCCGGCGACCGUCUCAACAGCACCAUCAACCGCUGUCCUUUGAUUGACGUUUUCAGCGACGAGGGGCAGCAGCCGCAAAUUGCGCCGGGCCAGUCUCUUGGGUUUUCAUUCCGCGACGUUAGUUUUGCCUAUCCCGCACGGCCCGAAACAUUGGCCCUGGAGAACCUCGAUCUGGACAUUGAGCCUGGAAAACGCGUGGGGAUUUGUGGGUUUAGCGGCAGCGGCAAGAGUACCAUUGUCGCCCUGCUCCACCGCUUUUACGACCCCAGCCAAGGCACCAUUGCGUUCAACACGGGCACUCUUAUCAAAGACACCAAUGUCUCCUGGCUUCGCGGGCAGCUCGGCAUGGUCGGGCAAGAGCCCGUCUUGUUUGACUGCACCGUGCUGGAAAGCAUUGCGCAGGGCUUGCUCGGCAGUCCACAGCAUCUGCAUUUGCGCGACGCGGUGCUUUUCCUCGGCCGCUACGCCAUGGACCAUGCCAAGUUUUCCAAAGACUGGAUUGCGAGCGUGCCGGAAGAGCACCGCGAGCCACUCUACAAAGUUGUCGAGCUCACCCAAGAGGCUGCAAAGCUUGCGUACGCCGACGGCUUUAUCAACGAGCUCCCGGACGGCUACCUUUCCCACGUCGGCGGCGCUGGUCGCGCGCUCUCUGGCGGCCAGAAACAACGCAUUGCGUUGGCGCGCGCGAUUAUCAAGCAGCCCAGCGUCCUGAUCCUCGACGAAGCCACCGCAGCGCUGGACUCUAAAAGCGAGCUGGCCGUCCAAGCCGCGUUUGAUCGCGUCGCUGAGAACCGAACCACGAUUGCGAUUGCUCACCGCUUGUCGACUAUCAAACACUAUGACAAGAUUGUGGUCAUGGCGCAUGGAAAAGUAGUCGAGCAAGGAACGCACCAGGAGCUGAUGGAAAAAGACGCCCACUACGCCAACCUUGCGCGCGCGCAGUUUGCGCGUACCGCAGACGGCACAGGCAUGCCUUCUGCACAGCCCGCAAGUCCGCAGUCCAACGCGCACCUCGACGAGGAUAUGCCUGCUCCCCUCGACACAAACAUGCACGCCGCGAUUGACACGUUUGUCCAGACGAUACCCGGCCCUGGCAUGCAAGAAACCAUUAUCGAUCAGGAAGCUGCGGACGCAGUACCGGAAAGUGUGAGUCUCUUGAGCAUCCAGGACAAGAAACGCCCCCGCGUUACCUACAUGCGUGCCCUCGGCCGUCUAUUGCGCUGGGCAGGAAAGCUCUGGCCUUUUGCGCUGCUUGGCUUUGCAGCGAGUGCAGUGAUGGGCGGAGCCUACCCCGGCGAAGCGGUUAUUUUCGGCCACGUUAUCGAAGCGCUGAAUCCGUGCAAGCCGCCCGAGGAAGUCGAGUCGGAAGCCGACAAGUUUGCCCUCUUUUUCUUCAUCCUUGCUCUUAUUGAGCUCUUUGCCUACUUUAUCUGCGGCGCCUCAUUUGCCUACGUCUCCGAGUGGCUCCUGCUUACAAUUCGUCAGCGCCUGUUUGCCGUCAUCGCACUGCAGCCGCUUGCGUGGUACGAAGAACAAAAUACCUCGCCGUCGACUAUGAUUGCCAAUCUUUCGUCGGAUACAAGCAACCUCGGUGGUCUUACUGCCACCGUCAUUGGCACCAUUUUCAGCAUCAUUGUGAACCUGAUUGCCGGCAUUAUUUUAGCGCAUGCCGUUGCGUGGCGCAUUGCUAUUGUGAUUCUCGCCACCGUCCCGAUUUUGGUCGCCGCUGGCUACCUGCGGCUCAAGGUCAUUGCCGAUUUCCAAAAACGCCACGAAACGGUGUAUGCAAAGUCUACAUCCAUUGCCGUCGAGGCCAUUUCCUCGAUCCGCACCGUUGCUGCGCUGGGGCGCGAGCAAGACGUGUACCAGCUGUUCAAGUACAGUUUGGAAAAGCCAUACCACGAGUCUUUGCGCUACAUUCUCGUGGGCAACAUCUUUUUGGCCAUCUCGCUGAGCAUCUCCUACUUUAUCUAUGGCUUUGCCUAUUGGUGGGGCUCGCGCAAUGUCGCCGAAGGGCGCUACUCUCAAGUGGCCUUCUUCACCGUGCUUCCCGCGCUGCUUUUCUCUGCCCAAACCAGUGGCCAGCUGCUUGCAUUCGCGCCCGACUUUACCAAGGCGCAAGUGUCUGCGUCCAACAUUUUUACCAUGCUGGACCAAGGACCCAAGGAUGCCGCACAGCGACUCGUCGACGACGAAAAAGCGCCGCUCGAAAAAGACGAAGAGGCACUCAGCUCGACGUUGGUCAAGCACACGCAGGGCCCGACCGCAUUGACCUUUGACAAGGUCUUUUUUACCUACCCGCACCGCGUCGAUCCCGCGCUCAAGGGCGUGAGCCUUCACGUGGAGCCCGGCUCCUUUGCCGCAUUUAUCGGCGAGAGUGGCUCGGGGAAAACGACGACGAUGAGCAUGAUUGAAAUGUUCUACACGCCAAGCGCGGGCAAUGUCCGCGUGGGCGGCUUUGACACCUUACAUACACCCGCUGGUGUUGUGCGCGAAACGAUGGCCAUUGUGCCCCAAGAAGCGAUGCUCUUCAACGGCUCAAUCCACUUCAACGUUUCCCUCGGCCUCCAAGAUCCCCUCUCGGCGCUCUCUGAAGAUACGCGCAUGUUUUUCCAGCACAAGCCGCGCCUCUUUGGCAAGGCCGAGGCAGAUAAUACCACCUUGGAGCCCGAUCCGCGCAUUGUCGAAGCGUGCAUGCAGGCACAUAUUCACGACACCAUCAUGGCGAUGCCCGAGCAGUACAAUACCAUUGUUGGCCCCGGCGGCAACCAACUGAGUGGCGGUCAGCGACAGCGCGUGGCGAUUGCCCGUGCGCUGGUCCGCAAACCCAAACUUUUGCUCAUGGACGAGUCCACCUCCGCGAUGGAUGCCGCUAGCGAGCAGGCCUUCCAAGCCACUCUCGACGAGCUUCAUUCCUCGCGCACAUGUACCAUAAUUGCGAUUUCGCAUCGUAUGCGCACCGUCCGUAUGGCGGAUCAGAUCUUUAUGUUUGACCAUGGCCAGAUCAUUGCGCAAGGUGCACACAACGAACUGAUACAAACAUGCGCUCAAUACCAAGCCAUGAUUUCGCACCAGUCCAUGGGCGAAUGA